AUGGACGCUGAGGCAAUGGAGUUCCUACUGGACGCGGUCGACAGGUUCCCGUGCGGGAGGAGUUUGCUGACAGUCUUGAAAACCCGGGUCCAGUCCCACCCGCCUACCUUCGGGAGAAGGGGGGCGGGGGGUGCAAAUCCGGGGUUAAGUUGGGAAGAAGACCAUUCUAGAAUGGCUGAUACGGUGUGCGCAGGUGUGCUUAAUGACGCUGAAGGAGGUUCCCAGCGUCGGCGUGAUGAAUCUCCGACGAGGUCUGCUCAAUCAACUGGGAGGGUUAAUCCAGAAGCCCCAGGCUGGACUAAAAGGCUCCGUCUUGGAAGUGCGCCAUUGGACCGUGUGCCAUGUCCGUCAAGGAUGAGCACUCUUGAGCUUUCGAUGAGGAAAUAUGCCGAGCAGCCUGACAAAAGUGUGGUGCGACCUGAGCUAGGUCUUAGUUUUGAUUCGCUAGGAGAGGCGAAUGAUUUCUACAACUUAUAUUCAUGGGAAAUCGGCUUUGGGAUACGAUAUGGGAAAAGCAGGCUGAACACCGAGAGGACAAAAGGCAUGCACGAGAUAGUAUGCGGUUUGCUUGGUGAGUGGCCGUUUGCUUGCAUAUGA